UGACAAACCAGGGAAGUUCAGGAUUAAAAUGGCAGGAGUGUGCGUCAUGUUUUGAUGUGGUGUCUCCUAUCAAAACCCUAAAACCUCACAGCUUCCAACGGCUCCUUCUUCUCCACACAAUACAGUAGCAAUGGCUAUGGCCUUCUCAAAUGUCUUUCAAUGCCCCAAACCACAAUUUUUUCGCCAGACUUGCAAUUUCAAAGCCUCUUUUUCAUCUUCGCCCGCUUCGUUUCUCAGGUUUUCCAGAACAAUGCCACAGAGUAGAAGGAUAAUUUAUGCUGCUGCUUCUGCUGCAGGAAGUUCUACUCCAGACAGUGACUUAAACCCAUAUGAGGUUCUUGGUGUGAGUCCCAUUGAGGGAUUUGAUAUGAUCAAGGCAGCAUAUACAAGAAAACGCAAGGAGGCUGAGAGGAAAGGUGAUGAAGCAACUGCUGCCCGUUUGGAGAAGGCUUAUGACAAAGUCAUGAUGGCACAACUAACAAAUCGGAAGAAGGGCAUGACCUUUGGUUCAUUUAAGGUCUCAAAGGAUGUCAAAUAUGCAGAUAAGCAGCCAAUUGUACCAUGGGCUCCCAGGUUCACAAAGUCUAGCGUGAAUGAUAUGCGCAUCAACAUGGCAAUAUCUGCUGUAUUUACAGCUUGGAUUCUUAUCAAGCGCAAUGCUGAAUGGAAACCGUUGCAGUUUUUAGCUUUUGCUUAUGUUUAUCGGAUUUUUGAGAAGUUGAAAGCCUUUGAACCACCUGUGUCUCCAACAUUUACAGAAGAUGGUGAAGAUGAGGGGCGGACACUGCGAAUGGGGAAACGCCUACUUCGUUCUCUUGCACUGGUUUUCAGUUGUAUAGCUGUUUCUUCUUUGUCUUUCACUGGUCUUUCUGAAUUUGAUCGAGUUUGUGGGCAGUUUUAUACCUGCUUUUCUCUACAAUAACCAGGAACUGAUCGUCUCUGCUUCAACAGCAGUCAUGCUCUACAUUAUGGCAUCAUAUUUCAGAUGAUGCAAUGCAUCUCUCUUGGCAAUGUACUCAGCAACAAAUUUCGUUCCCUUAACUCUGUUGUCAAAUUUUGUUAAGUGAGGCAAUGAAACAUUCAGUGAAUCAAAAGAAAGAGUUUGUAUUGGUUUAAUAUGGUUUUAUACCAAGAAAAUACCAUUUUAUUGCUCUUGUUUAUCA